AUGGGCACUCCACAUUUCGGCAGCCACAUCGCAGACAAGGCCCGGAUACAGGUGCUCAAGGCGAUUGGCAAAGCCACAUUUAUGAAUGCACCCGAGAAACUGCUGAAAGCAUUGUCGGCCCAUUCGAACGAACUGCAAGAUUUGAGCACCAAUUUCGAAAAGACGACGAUCUUCACCCGGCAUGAGAUCGAGAUGUGCACAUACUAUGAGACAAAAACAACAAGGUUUGCUGGGAAAGAAUAG